AUGAAAAGUUCAAAUUCCAUUUCAAGAAAUCGACCCGAACUGCCAAAACUGUUGAUGAAAAACUUUGCAGACAAACAACUUUCAGAAAUUGAGAAUUCCGAUGGGAAAACCUUCGAUGUACAGUGUUACAUCCACAACCACAACAACUACGACGACCACAACCACAACAAUCACAACCACAAAAAAGACGACGUCGAGACAACAUCCAGUAACAACAACCUAGUGGCAAUUGAUAAUUCGGAUGAAGGUUUCAUCGGCAGAUGGCAUCAGUGUUUCAGUAAGAAGAAUUUGUCAUCUUUUGACGAUUGCGAAGUCUAUUCCGAGGGUGGAAAUGCUUGCUCCAUGAAGCGAUCAAACAAUGGAAGAAGCUUAAGAGAAUCUGACAUUCAGAGGUUUAACACCAGUAGCAUGUUUUACAUUCCUGUUAAUUUGAAUAAGUCCCAGUUUGCUUUAUCGGAAAAUGAAUCUGCCGCUAAUUUUAAUUUUCGUUACGGAAAAAAGUUGAAAACUUGCCGUGUAUUGCCACUACAUUAUGCCGAAAAAAUUUCAAAAAAUUCUGAAAUAACCGAAGGUAUAAGUUUUAGGCAAAAUUCUUUCUUUGAAAAUACAUCAAACCAAACGAAUUCAAAUAACGAUUCCAAUGUUGACUCCAUGAAAUUUUCACCCAACAAAACUCCAUCAAUUUUGUCGUUACUGCCUGCCACUGAACAAAAACACGCUUCCUAUAAUCCGAAAUACAGAAAAUUGAAAAGAUCCAAAAGUGACGUUCCUUGCCCCAUGAAGUCUUUUUGUUUGAGGAGACCCAAAACUAUUGAUAAGUUUGUAGAAAUUGCUAGACAAUCAAACAACGGAUUGAAUGAAAUCAACACAACCGAAUAUCUCACAAUUGACAAAAAAGUUGACUGCUCAGAUGAACAAUUCACGGUAAAAAGCAAAUUUAAUAACAUAAAUCACAUCAAGUUUGCCACCAGACCAAAGACUGAAAAUCUACAAAAUGACACACUCCAAUCAGGGGAUGACAAAAAGAAUUUUUACAACUUCAGCCAAUGUGGUCAAUUUUCUUCAAAUUCUCACAAUCAAAAAAGCACUGACUAUGUUUCUAACGUUAAAAAUUUAGAUCUAAAGUGUCAAAAUAAUUUGAAUGAACUGUUAUCGUUGAAACAGCAGUUUCUAAACAGCAAAGGUUUAUGGAAGAAAGUCGAUUCUUCAGAUUUCUUAAGAUCAAAUGUCAAUUUUUCAGAUCUGGACGUUGGGAGUAAGUCUGAAGAGAGUGAUACAAAUGUACCUUAUCGAAGCUUCAGCGUUUCGAGAAACGAAUCAAUGAGUCCGUGUGCAAUGCAUGAUCAAAAUCUCAUCCAAAAUGCCACCUCAGCUGAUCAUCAACAAAUUCAAAAUUUAAAAAUCGGAAAAAGGAUUGGUGAUGAUGCUACAAAAAACAAAGAAAACAGUAUUAUUAAAAGUGCAACCAAUAGUGAGAAAAGUUUGAAAAGCAAUUCCCAACUUGACACGGAGAAAAAUUCCUCUUCGAGUAAGAAAGAGAAAAAGAAAUCGAACAAACGUGCCGUGGCUUUCGUUAAGAACGUGCCAGCGUUUUUGAUCGGCUUGAAAAAAUCUCUGCCGACGCAAUCUUCAAAUGACAACAGCAACUCCAGCAAAAUCUUCCCAAACAACGUCAGCAAAAUUCUCUCAAGCAACUCCGACAAGAUCCUCCCAAGCAACAACAUCAAAAGCACCUCUCAUGCACGUAAAAGUGAUGAUGACAGGAAAAAAUCGAAUUAUGAAUUUGAUGGUAAAAAUGCGCAUGACAUCAACACUCCAAGUCGAGACCAAACCAACCAAUCAUCCGUGACAUCAUCUCCCAGUUUUCUGAAAGACAACAUCAACAAUUGUAAUAAUAAAGAUGAUAGUAAUACCAACACAACAGACAACAACCAGGGUGGAAGCAUUCCAACACCUUCAACUUUAACCAACAGCUCCAUUCCAAUAAAUGAAUGCACACCACCGAGGUCACUUCCAGCUCAUGCUGAGAUGUCAAGCGGUGACGGAAACUACGUACAGGAUGCAAAAUCAUACUUGAGGAAAGGGAGGAGUGGUCGGACGUCUUUUGCCCCGUCCCUCGAAACAUCUUUAACCAACGUUUCUUUGUUUUCACUCAGCUCUCAAGGGACGGGUAAGAGAGACCACAUCCUGAAGGAGCUGCUGACUACUGAAAAGCAGUACGUGGAGACUCUUCGUAUGCUGGUUGAGAGAUACAUGAUACCCCUAAAGACCCACCAAACAAUAGAUAGUGCUCAGACAGAUGAUAUAUUUUACAAGAUUAACGAAAUUUACAUGCAUCACGCUACGUUCAUCACAUUCCUUGCAAAGGUUUUAAAGAGUUGGGAUAGCCAAUCAACUAUCGGAGAUAUAGUUCUUAAACAUUUCACGAAAGAGUCAGUCGUGCAGUGUUACGCCUCAUUCAUUGAACAUUUUGAAACUGCCGAGAAGCAAUGCCAGAGAGAAACGAAACUGAAACUUCCUCUGAAAGCUCAGCUGAUCAAACCAGCUCAAAGAAUUCCCAGAUACGAACUAAUUUUGAAACGUUUGCUGGAGAACACCGCGGCGGACCACCCCGACCACCCCCUCUUGCAGCAGGCCGGGCAGGCCGUGCACAACCUCCUCGUCAGGAUCAACACCUUCAACAAGGUCAACGACAAAAAUGUGAGUGACGAGGAGGAAGAUGGAGCAGCAGCUUCAGCAGGAAUUCUGAAGAAAUUGGAACUACUGCUGACGACUGAUUUGGUCAGUCCCGGGCGUGUGUACGUGAGGAAUGACUGCGUCAUCGUGGAUACAGACUCGAAUGUUGACAACAAUAAAUUUGCGAACAUCAACAACAACAACAACGUCAACAAAAACAUCAACACCAACAACGUCAAAAUCAACAACAUCGAUAGCAUUAACAAUGAUAAUAAUAGCUUUGACAUGAUUAGCAACAACAAAAAUAUUAGCAACAAUUACAAUAACAACAAUUACAACAACUACAAUUACAACAACUACAAUUACAACAACUACAAUUACAACAACAACAAUUACAACAACAACAACAAUGACAUCACGAACGGUAAAAACAACAACAACGGCAUUCCAACAAAUCAUUUUUAUUCAAGAGUUUGGCUGUUUAAUGACAUCAUCAUCUUUACUAUAUUAAAGAAAAGCAACAACGACAGCAACUACAAUAACAACAACAGCAACAAAAACAACAACAACAUCAACAACAACAACAUCGAUAACAACAUCAACCAAAGCUCCUUUUCAAUCUUAAUGCAAUCGGCGAACGGUAAGAAGGAGUUGGAAAAAAAGCUGGACGACGAGGAAGAACAUGUUUGGCUGAACGUUCAUCUCUCCAAUGUUCACAUUAUUAAAUACGCCUCAAACGAAAGAACAAAGAAUAAAAAAACGGUGCAAAAAGAUUUGGAAUGCGACAUCCACACUGUCAAUGAAAUCAUCAAAUUAUCGUCCACCCUUAAAUGUCCCCACGAUACAAUAGAGAAAGCACUGGUGGACCUAAGGGAAGAGAUAAGCCGGAAUAUUAUUGACACAAAAAUCUACACUCCCCCUCACGGCGUAUCACCACCUCUCACAUUACCACCACCUCUCACAUUACCACCACCUCUCACUUUACCCACACCUCUCACUUUACCACCACCACCUCUCACUUUACCAUUAUCUUCGCCAUCUCCAUCAUCUUCAUCAACACCAUCACAAUCAACCGCGAAUAAACAUCACCGAAAUCAACAAUGUCUAAAAUUGCUGAUCAAAAUAGGGCGAGUGGUUUUUUUUAUGUUUUUCUAG